GUUCAAAAUCUUCUUUAGUUUUCUGUUUCUUACAAUGAGUGCAAGUUGUUUUUCUGAACAAAAGUUUUGUUGUCGUCAGUAGUCUGGAAGAAAGUUGGAUGAAUAAUCUCAAAAAUCACAGUGUUGUGUGUGUCAACAUGAUUAUUAUCUGCCAUUUGAUAAAGUUGCGAUAAGAGUUUUUCAACUGAGAAGAUUUGUACAACUAAAGAAAAUCCUUCCAGUGGCUAUCGAUUUAAGAAGCAAAUCUACGGAAUCUACGUCUUGAGUGAGGGUAUUUUUCUAUUUGUUACAUCAAUGCAAUAAGGAGGAUCGAUUUCUUCAAGGUGCAGAUUAAUUGCCUUCAGUUUGAAAACACAGAAUUUAAGGUUCUUUCAUAGUGACUGGACGAUUUGCCACUCGUCAUAUUGAUUAGCUAUCGGGGAACGAGCAGUACGCGAUAAGCUGAUCCAACAGUUGUUAGUCAUCGUCAUACGACGCAGUUGGUUGGCUAACUGAAAGGAGUUCUCAAGAUGCUCAGCUCCAUCAAGAAAUCGAUUUCUUCCGUGUAUCUGCUGUACGAGCUGAACACUUGCAUUUACAUGCUGGAUCCUUGGGAGAAGAAGUUUAUUAAUGGUGUCAUUUUCAGUAUCCUGGCCCUGCUCGCUUUCUCCAGUUACGUGUACCUACCGAGCUACACCCGGAAGUUGAUAAACGCCUUCAUGCCGACCGGAAACGAGCUCACAUUGGAUCUGAUGGAUCACCACCAGCAACCGAUUGACUACGGCGUAAACUAAGGCUAGCGGCGCCCGUUCCGGGAGACGCAAUUAGAGAAACAGUCUUCGCAAAUACCAAACUACGUUGGAUGAUGCUUUACUGGAAUGAAAUUUUAAAUCAGCGGAGCAAAAGAAUAUCUCGCAUUUACACGAACAUAAUUAUACGAUAACAUAGUUGCGAAAAAAGAUGCUAUUUGAGCUACAUAGUUUAAGCAGAAGUUUAGGGAGUUUUCAGAACAUUGUUGGUGCUGGCUGCCGCAGCAGAAAAUAUUUGAUAACCUUAAUGACGUAGGUGGUAUUUUAGAAAGCAGAAAGUUUCUUAACUUUUAUAACGUACUGAUCGCUUCUUAACUACUGAGUUACACUUGAAUAGUAGCAAACACCCAGGGCGGUAGACGCGAGGGAAUCAUGUGAAAUUAGGGCUGUUUCUUGUCUGUAGAUAUAGCUAUUACAAGUAUAAUUAGAAACUAUCACAAAUAACAAUUAUAAAACAUAAAUUUUGUGUUGAUUUGAGACAUUUUUGAAAUUGUUUUCUACUUGUUCAAAUUCAACUUUAAAAUUGCAUAUUUUUAAAAUACUACUGUUUAUGGAUUCUUAAAUUUAAUAAACUUUUCCAACUACAUUUACCUAA